UAAAUUUGCUGUCGGUGUAUAUGAAAUAUUUGUUUCGCUCCAGCAUGCGUACCUGCGAACAACGUCACAGCAGUAGUGCCUGGCAAGUCAUCCUGUGAGCAUGCUUUUUUUUUUUAAUUGCGCUUGCAAGCAUACCUAAACUGGUGCUUCAGGCUUUCAGGAGGCUUUGGCUUUUCCAUUUCAGUCCCACCCGAAGAUGUCUCGAUUUAUAAUGACAGUGGCGAGCAGUGCACUCCUAAGGGUGAGUACUAGCUUGGUCACACCGCAUGCAUUUCCAGUGCCUGACAUUGUCCUUUCACGCAGAUUUCUUGACAGCCGGAGAACUGCCUGAUGGCAGCGUCAUGCCUUCAAGUCCUGCUUCGUCUACCCUUGAACAUGAUGUCGAAGCCGAAGAUAUUGAGGUUGAUGAGUGCACAAAGCUGCCUUUUACAGACGGUAAGUGUUAGGUUUGACUAGGUAUCUGCUACCUUUGUCUGAUGCCUUUUUUUUUUUAGCAGAUCAGGAAACAGCCACGUACUCUGCGGACCGCAUAGCGACACCAGAGCCUCCUGCAUCUGAUCUUGAGCAUGCUUGUAAGAUUUUGUAAGAUUGUGCAAAGUUUAAGUGUCUAUUUUAUUAUAUUUAGAAAUUCGUCACUGGUGCCUGAAUGAAUACUUAUUUUUUUCUUUAGCAACACACCAAGCCCUAUUAGACCGCUUAUCAGAACUGGAGCGCCUUCAUGAGGAGUCGAAGAGAAAACUAGGAGCUGCUAAGAGAAGAUAUCUUAAAAGUGAAGAAGAAAAAGAUCGGCUGAAGUCAAAGAUUAAACACAUUUUCAGUGACGACCAGAUGAGGUCAAUGGAGCGGCUUUCAGCCCAAGGGAUGCGCUGGGAGGCCAACACGCUUGUAAAGUCACUCAAGCUGCGUCUGUCCUGCGGGUCCCAAGGCUACAGUCUGCUGAGAAAUCAAGGUUUGCCGUUUCCGUCCGAGCGCACACUCCAACGCCAUUUGGAGAAUUUCAAGUUUCAGCCUGGGCUUCUUCAAGACAUGAUCGAGCCUCUCAGAAUCAAGAUUGACCUCAUGAAGCCUGAAGAGCGCCACGCCACCCUAAUGAUUGACGAAAUGCAAGUUACACCAGGGCUUGUUUACGAUCACUCAUGUCGCUGUGUUCUCGGCGCUCCGACAUUACCUUUAUCUGACGGUUCCCUGCCGGAAGAUGCGCUAGCUACUCACGGCUUAGUGUUCAUGUUAGGAGGGUUGUCCACUAGGUGGAAACAAACGAUUGCUUAUCAUUUAACGGGGAAUUCAUUCGAUGCUGUAACACUGAAGGAAGAAGUAAUUAAAGUAAUAACGGAAUGCGAGGCACUGGGAUUGAAAAUUCAUGCCAUGACCUCCGACAUGGGGGGCGGAAACCUGGCGCUCUGGAGGCUAUUUGGCAUUCAUGCAGGAAGACAGCCGGCCGCACACAAGCUGUGUUCACCCCUGUGAUCCUACACGAAAGCUGUGGUUUUUUGCUGAUGUGCCUCACUUACUAAAAAAUUUGAGGAAUCACUUGACUAAAGGUCAGUUAAUUUACCUUCCGGGUGAUGUAGUUAAAAAAAAUGGCCUGCCAACUAACGUUGUAAACCUUGAAUAUAUCAAGAUUCUUGUCCAGCGUGAUGCAAAAUCUGAGCUCAAACUUGCUCCUCACCUUAAUCCUGCAUGUGUAGACCCUACUCAUUAUGACAAAAUGAAAGUCAGUUUGGCUUACAGUUUAUUUCACAACGACACAUCAGCUGGUUUGCACGUUUUGGUAGAGAAAGGCUUACUGUCGAAAAAUGCGCUUUCGACGGCAUGGUUUGUCGCAACGGUCUUCCGCUGGUUUCGCUUGUUGACAUCACGAACCAGCAAGCUCGCGUUUAGCAAUGCAGAUGGUGGAGCUUAUGAGGAUGGCGUAUCAUUUCUGAAUGAGACAGUCAAAUUGUUUUCUAAAAUUUCUAUUGGUGCGCAGACUAAGGCGGUAUGGAAGCCUGUUCAAACAGGCAUCAUUUUGUCAACACUGUCUGCACUCGAAGUGCAAGACACGCUACUAAAGAAGUGCGAUUUCGAGUAUGUUUUAUUAAGUAGGUUCAGUCAAGAUGGACUUGAGAACCUGUUCUCAACUCUGCGGGCAAAAAACCCCAUCCCACGCCUCUACGAGUUCAAGUGCAGCCUUAGGAGCGCAACACUAGCGCAGUUUCUAAGGCCGAGUAGGUACGGUAGCUACUCAGAUGAUGAAGGAUUUUUGCUCAUAGGUUUGAACGCAGAAAAAGAACAGACUGAAGAGGGCAGCAUUAUAGCUCCCUCUGACCUUCUAGACUUAAGCUCGGAAGGAGAGGAGUCGCUAGUGUACCUAGCAGGUUACGUUAUUUCCAAAAUAACAAAGAAGCUUCAUUGCGAAGACUGCAGUGCUUCUCUAACUUCUAAUGACGCAAGCUGCAGACUAAUUCAGCUCAAAAACUACUCCUCAUCGCACUUGUCGCUCACCAGCCCUUCUGCAGGGGUGGUUGAAGUCAUUAAAGUAGCAGAAAACUUUUUCCGUGCAAACAGCGAGGCACUGCUAUCAAACCGUGUCAGCACAUUCGACGCUGAGAGACCAAUACUUCAGAGUAUAGUGCCUGAAAUCGUUCGUAUGUUCUUAAGAGUGCGAAUGCAAAUAUUUGUUCGAACUGAGGCUUCUGUGAGGGCACUUACCGUUACCAGUAGCAAGUGUGGAAGCAAAAGUGUCGGCAUGCAUGCUGCGGUAUCCGGAAUACGGUAAAAUAUUUGAACCUUUGCUGCUGGUGCACAUGGCAGCAAUACAGCGCGUGUCAUCAGCCAGGCUUCUGCAAGUAAUAAAGGCAGCAUCUACAAGGAUUUACGCGCAUUCGCUGUCCUUGGGCCGAUUCGUUGCAUUUCUACUUUAAGGGACCUAAUAUUAUGUUCACAUGACGCUUUCAUUUCUUCACCGACUUGAAUGCUUUUCUGUGUUGCCUGAAUGUAUUCUAGUAAUAUAUGUCGUAUUUGUAUAAAUAUUCUAAUCCUUGGCGUGAUAAUCUUGUUUAUUUCAUUUGCUGUACAUGAGUGUUAUCGCGCGGCUUUUUGUUGUACCACCUGCCCAAAACUUUGUGAGCAUACAAACCAGCUGCUUCCUUUCCUUCAGUUAUGUUAUGUUGUAAAAUUUUAAUGUUGCAUCUGGUGCGCUACUCUGAAUAAUAUUUGUUCCUUUUUCACGCAUAUCGUCUGGAGGCUAACACCAUGCAAUGUUUCAUGUUACUGGGUUCGAGCUUAUGGUACUUCUAACCGGCGGUUUAUAUAAAUACUUUUAUUUUCCGAAGUGUGUGCCAUCCUGGAUGUGUUGUGUGUUUUCCGUGUAACGUUUCAGGAGUCACCUGCAAUAAAAAUUGCGUCUGGCCAGAUAUGUGCUGGUGUGUCA